AUGGCAUAUUUCCGAAGAAUGCAAUGCUCUCCAAAUUCAGGAUUCGCUCCUUCUUCCCGUGACACAGCGGUGAGUCAGCGCCUCCUCCGCGGGUCGGCAUUUUUCCCCCCGCCUCCCCUGCCUGGCUGCCCUGACGCCUCCAACACCGACUUCAACGUCACCGUCUAUAACACGAGCUUGGUCUUUUAUUCCUGUACCAAGGACUUCUUGAUCAACGGCAGACAAGUUCAGCAGUGCAACCCGCAAUCGACGCCCGAUUAUAGUUACGGAUGCACUAUUCCGGAACUGAGCACCUGCACGGCCGAGCCUCCGACCCCGCACGGUUCGAUCGUGUUCAAAUCAGGACCCAAGUUUCGCGUGUACACCUGUCCCGCGGGGUAUUCCUUCGCCGCGGGGAAGAUGACGCAGGUUGUGGAGUGCUUUUUCGGUGUAUGGGAACCUGCAAGCUUAGAGGAUUGCUUCGACGGAGUUUUGGACAACACUGAUUUAAGAGGCUGCAGCAAUUGCAUAUCCCGUAAAUGCCAAGGAGUCCAAUCGCCCUCCUCCAUGCCCUUUGGAUACCGACUUACUGCCGCUGGGCAUGAAGACCCUGGAUCUCAAGGACUCCCUGAAGCUCCUAACCUGCGCCCUCCCUGGACUGAUCAACGGCCGGCGAGUGAUGCUGUGCGCCGGAGAGGAAGCCCUAUUCCCCUACACCUGAGAGGGACUGACCAGCGAAGCCUACUGCACGGACGACCCGCCCCCUCCUGCCAACGCCGGCGUCCAGGCGUGGUGGUUUUGUGGAUCCGCAGAGUGGCUGUUGUCUAUGAGUGCGACGCGUGGCAUAACUGGGCAUCUGGGCAGUCGGUGCAGUUCAGCCAGUGCGUGAAUGGGGCGUGGACUGCCGUGGACGACACCUGCGCCGUCAGCUUGGCACUGGACGGCCCUCCGUGUUCCGACGAGCCCCGCCUCCCCGCACACGCCGUCGAGACGAAGGCCCUCGUGCACUCGGGUCAGCGCUGGGCCGUCCAGUACGAGUGCGAGCUGGGCUACACGUGGCCGAGGGGGCGGAGGCUGCGCGAGACGACCUGCGACGGCGGAGCCUGGACGGAGAUCCACCACGACUGCUCGCUCGGUGGGAGGGCUUUGGACGCACGAGGCUCGCAGGCAUAA